AGGGCGGGGCUCCCAGCAUCAUCACCACGGCCAUCGCUGCUUCAUUGUACGGGCUGCUGCUGAUGCUGAGAUCGUAGGGGGCGAUUUCCUUUUCUACAACAAGGAGGAUGCCAUGGACACGAUUUCGCACAGAUAGGACUCUGCACACAAUGAGGAUCCACUACUAGCCCUUUUGUCUGAAAGGAGAAUGAGGAAGAAGAGGACCUGGAAACCGCGGGAGAGCCUCGGAAAGUUAUUGUGAAGUCUCAAUGAAAGCAUUAGAAGAACCUCACUAGUACUUGACUCAAUGGCAAAGAAAGGGCGUACGAAGGGCGAGAAGCCCGAAGCGCUCAUCUCUGCCCUGCAGGCAGCCAAUGAAGAUCUCAGGUCCAAGCUGACUGACAUUCAGAUUGAGCUACACCAAGAAAAAUGCAAGGUGAACAAGCUGGAGCGUGACAAGGUGCAGCAGGUGAAGCGGGCACGAGAGCAGGAGCAGCACCGUCACACUGCCAUGUUAACAGAGCAGCGGGCCAAGUGGCACGAAGAAAAGCAAAAGGAGCUCCAGGCCCUCAGGGAGAACCUGACACGGCAACAUGAGCAGGAGCUGGCCCGCCACGCCAAAAUCAAAGACCAGGAGAACCAGAGGCUCAAAGCGGCACUGAGUGCCAUACGGGAUGGCAGCGGAGAGAAGGUGCGCACGGCACUGACCCUGGAGGCUAAAGAGGACGCACGUCGCUUCUUUGACCAGGAGAGAGUGAAGCUCCUACAGGAGAUAGCAGAGCUGAAGGCUGCUAAGAAACAGACCGACGAGGCUCUCAGCAACAUGAUCCAGAGCGACAAGAUGAAGGCUGGCGACCUGCGGGUGGAGCACCAGCAGCACCAGGAGCAGAUCUCCAAGAUCAAGUGGGACUGUGAGAGGGACAUCCGCAGACUGGUGGAUGAAAUUAAAUCUAAAGACAGAACCAUCUUCAGUCUGGAGAAGGAACUGGAGUCAACGGCGGGGUCCUUACAAAGGCUGCAGCUUCAGAAGGACGCACUGGAUGAACAACUGUUUCUGGCCAAGGAGGCGGAGUGUGGCCUGGGAAGCCCAAAACGAGAGAUUCCAGGCAGAGCUGGAGAUGGAGCAGAGCACUGUGGCAGCCCAGACCUGAGGAGAAAUCAGAGGCGCAUCGCUGAACUAAACUCAACAAUUCGCAAACUGGAGGACCGCAACUCGCUGCUGGUUGAUGAGAGAAAUGAGCUGCUGAAGCGAGUCAGGGAGUCGGAAAAGCAGUGCAAGCCCCUGCUGGACAAGAACAAACUGCUGAAUAAGAGGAAUGAUGACCUGACCCAGACUAUCCAGAAGCUGGAGGACAAACUCAAGAGCCUGGCCAAGGAGAACCUUGAGAUGAAGGAGAAGAUCAGCUCCCAUCCUCCGCUGAAGAAGCUCAAGUCUCUGAAUGAUCUGGACCAAGCCCACGAUGACCAGGAAAUAGCCUUUCUCAAGCUUCAAGUCCUUGAGCAGCAAAGCAUGAUCGACGAACUGACAAGAGACCGAGAAAAGCUACUACGAAAGAAAAGGCACAAAAGAAGUUCGAGGCCAAUAAAGAGGCACGUAGUAGUAGACACCUACUUUGGGUAUGACGAGGAGUCUAUGGACUCAGAAACGUCCUCAGUGGCUUCGUUCCGGAUGGACAGGACUCCUGCUACUCCUGAUGAAGACCUGAAUGAGGGUCUAGCCAAUGAGGAGUCGGAGCUGCGUUUCCGUCAGCUGACCAGGGAGUACCAGGCCUUACAGCGAGCCUAUGCCCUGCUGCAGGAACAGAAAGGAGGCAUACUGGAUGCUGAGAUGGAAGCCAAGGCUCAUGAGCAGCUCCAAGCAGACGUUCUCAGGUAUAAAGCCAAAAUAGAGGACUUGGAGAAGGAACUGACCAUGAAGGGGCAGGACUCCAAGUGGGUGGAGGACAAGCAGCUCUUCCUACGAAGGAAUCAGGAACUAUUGGAGAAGAUCGAAAAGAUGGAGUCAGAGUCCAGUCGGCUGCAGCAGGAGCUACAAGACUCCAAAGACCAGAACGAACUGUUAGAGUUUAGGAUACUGGAGCUAGAGGAGCGAGAGAGGAGGUCUCCUCCGUUCAGCCACCUGAGGAUGCAUCCCUUCUCCGAGGGAGUCAGUGCGCUGCAGAUCUACUGUAUGAAGGAGGGGGUCAAGGACGUGUGCAUACCGGAUCUCAUUAAACUUCUAGAUAUCCUGGGAGACAAUGGGAACUUAAGAAACGAGGAGCAAGUGGCCAUUAUUCAGGCCAGCACUGUUCUGUCGCUAGCAGAAAAGUGGAUUCAGCAGAUUGAAGGGACAGAGGCAGCACUGCACCAGAAGAUGAUGGACCUGGAGAUAGAGAUGGAGAUGUUCUGUAAACAGAAAGGAUACCUCGAAGAAGAGCUGGACUACAGAAAACAGGCCCUGGACCAGGCCUACAUGCAAAUCCAGGAGUUGGAAGCAACGCUAUACAACGCUCUGCAGCAGGACAAGGUGAUAAAGUACGGCGAGCCUCUGGAUGAGCUUCAGAGAGAUGAGCUGCGGACGGCGGUGGAAAAGCUGAGGAGGCAGAUGCUGAGGAAGAGUCGAGAGUAUGACUGUCAGAUCCUCCAGGAGAGGAUGGAGCUGCUGCACCAGGCGUAUCAGAGAAUUCGUGAUCUUGAAGACAAAACAGAAAUCCAGAGGAGGCAUAUUAAAGACCUGGAGGAAAAGGUGAUGUGUCAGCCCAGAGAUCUUGUUUGUGACUGCAGUGUUAUUUAUUUUCUGGACAAGCGUAGAACAGUGUGUGCAGCAGUGGCUGCUAUUGUCAUACAAUCUGUGACUGCUCUCAGUAUAAAAUGGACCUGUCAUGUGUUGGCCGUGGACAUUCACACCUCCAGAUUUUAUUCCUUUGUUUUGUUAUCGGUGGCGGGGUUCUAAAGAUUCUUCCCGGGAUGAUGUUUUUUAAAGCGGUGUUGGACGUUAAACCUUUCCCCAAACAGCUGGUGGUCCUAUAGCAGACUGCAAGAAUGAUGCAUAUUUAGAGAGACACUUACAACACAUGCAGACACACACAUAACUACUGCGAGCACUUACAGUUUACAGAUAAGCAUGCAGAAGCAUGCACAUGCAAACACACACAUGCUUUGACAAAUCCAAACCAAAGCCUGGGAAAUGUUCUCUCUGCCAUGCAGGGUAAUAAUAUGCCAUUCACCACCAUUUAGCCACAGUGGGAAUAUAAGCAGACAGAAAAUGAGGCACACACAGAUUCUUCUCGUUUCCUUUACUUUCCCAAACCGGAAGGACGUUCUUUGUAAAUGCAGCCUCGGUGAGUAGAAGUGAAUAAACUCAGGGCCCAUGAGUACAGAGGCCAUUUGACCAGUCCCGGUCUCAGGUCAGAUUAUAAUAAGGAACACUUGGGAUGUGGUGUCUCACCGGCUGUCCUGCCCUUGUUCUCAGAGUGGUGUUUACACAUACUGCUUGGACAGAACUACACUGCAGAGACUGUUGUGUACAGACACUAAAGCGGGAUACAGGACACUCAGGCUGACACGUCUUCACCGGACACACAGACUUGAGUGAAGAGAGAAGAAAUGAGAAAGAAAAGAUAACAGGGGCAGCGUGGCUUUUGGAUCCAGCUCCACUCGGCCUCGGAAACCUACGGAUUGUCAAACCACUUCUUAAUUUUUUUCUAAAGCCAGCAGACUGUAAGAGCUUUACUCUCUGGUUAUCUUUGUUUCACCUUUCUUUUUUUUUUUAAACAGCUCCCACCACUGAGAUAAUGUGUCCCAAGAUUUCCACUGAGAAAACAUCCCUCUUCUGUACUGUAAUAUAUACAUCUGUUGAUAUGUAUAUGUGUCUGAAUGAUUUCAUGUAGCCUCCCCUUUUAUUUCUGUGAAUAGUUGCACUUUUCUUUUACUCUCUGAAGCAGCUUGAACAGUUGAAUUACUUGGCAGUUUAUAAAUGAAUUUAAAAUGGUAUAAAUUGCUCUGGUUUAUUGUGGUGACAGCUGCAAAGAUGAGCUGUAGUUCCUUGAAAAUUAUAACUGAAAAAUUGUUGGAAUAUGAGUAAUGGACUAUUUGCCUCCCCUUUCCCUUUUCCCCACUACACUAUACUGGAUUUAUUACUCUGCUGUCUACGGCGUGUUGCUCUGGUUGACCAGGUUUCAGCAACUUUCACUUUGUCCUUUAAUGUUACAUGAUCUUUUAACAGACUUGUAAAUAUUUUCAGAACAUCUUGCAAAUUAUCUUCACAACUCUGGUUGGACAAUUGCUCAGUUCAAAUAAUGCUCCACAAAAAAAUGGACCAAAGCUAAAUUCAUCAGUUAAAUUCUGUAAAAUGAUUAUAAAGAAUCACGGUUACUUUGUUUCUCUGUCCCAGGAAUACUGCAGCUUCUCUCUCCACCCCCAAAAUGUGUUUGAUAGCAACACCUUUCUUUCAGGUGUCCACUUCGCCAAAGUGACACAGGAGAAAGCGAAUGCAAUACUGCACCUUUCAAGCCAACUCCCCAGUCCUGCAAUAUUUAUGAGUUGACCGUGCUUAUGUAUCUGAUGUAGAGUAUCCGCCAUCAUGACAGGCUCCACUCACGAGUGUACGGUCGCCCCUCUGGCAUCCCAUUACUUAGCCAACAGCGACUAUGACUCCGUUCACUCUAACUGACCGAGGGGAAGAACUGAGACUAUUUUUGUGCAAACUCAGCUAACUAGCAGUUGCCUUAAAUUAACUUUCCCCCCUUUUCUCCCUUAUAUGUUCCUUUUUAACAAUUUUUUUUUUCAGGCAGUUUAUAUUAUCAUGUAAUGUAAUAUAUUUUUGUUUUUAUUUCCCAGAGGAAUUUUUUUUAUCUUUACCCCGCCUGUCUUCCCACGAGAAUUUAACCCCUCCUCCUACUUUCCUCUAGAUUUUUAAAUAAUACUUUAAACAGGAGUUAUGCUGUAAAAAAAAAAAGUAAAUAAAACACUCAUGGCCUUUGAGCAUGAA